AUGAAAAACAACAGACACCAGUGCGUUUGUACAAUAGCAGCGCAGACUGCGGUCAAUGUUGUAUAAAGUAUUUUCCCUGCAGUAUUUCAGUACGUUUUUUGAUCUCCGGAUUAAACAUUUGUAAACGCAAUGGGGACCGUUGCAAACGUUCUCCUCUGCAGCUUCCUCGUGGGUGUUGCUCAGAGUAAGGUGACUUUAGAGCCGGACAGGGCCUUCUUGAGGGUGCAUGUCCUUCACAAAGCGGAACUGGAGUGCUGCUACAGCACCGAUGAGAAGUCAGUGAAAUUCACUUGGGUCAAACGAACUGCCAACAACAAUCUGCCUCCACAGCUGGUGCAGCUUUCAAACCAUGUGACCAAAGGAGAAACACAGGUCCUUGGCAAAUCGUGUGGCAACCUAACCUUCAACGAAGUCCGUCUGAAUGACUCCGGGCUGUACCUGUGUUUGCUGAACGGCAGUCACGUCGACUUCCUCUCACACGGCACCUUCCUGCAGGUCUACAAGAUGAUGGAGAAGACAAUAAACAUCAGCGAAACCACCAAAAACACCAUCCUGACGGUGGAGGGAUUCUUACUGCUACUGUUUGUGCUUUUGCCUUCGUUCUUAGUCCUCUUCAAGUCAAAGAGACUAAAUGAACUGGAGAAGAGGAAAAUGAAAAUGGAAGAGGAAAACAUAUAUCAGGGGCUAAAUCUGGAUGAUUGCUGUUCCACAUAUGAUCAGAUCGAACGAUCCCAGGCACAUGGCCCGUACCAGGAUGUGUGCAACAUUAGGGAGGAGGAGGAAGAGAUGGAGCUGGAGAAACCCUGAAGGAAAGGGGGAAAGAUAGGGAAAGGUUAACUGUGUGGUAUCUGAAUAUCAUCUUAAUUCCUUAGCAAAUACAUUUGGAUUUUGUACAUAGCCUGCAGUUACAGUUUCAGCAUUUGAUAGCAUGUUUUUUUUUAUCAGUUUGUUUCAUUUGAGAUUGAAAAUGGAUUUUAGACUUUGGAAGCACCAAAGGGUCGACUCAGUCCGGGCUGCAGCCAGGAUUACAGACAUAUUUUACAUCAGAGGUCCAACCUAAUUGUGAAGAUACUGCUUAUCUAUGUUUGAUACAUUCAGCUGUAUCUUCUACACAUUAUAAGCAAUUAAACAGAUAUGUGUGUUGUCUACUUCUUAAUUUCUCAAAAAUUGUACAUAAUUCAAAUGUAAGGGCACUGAAUCUAGAAAAUAAUGGUGUCAAUUUAAAAAAAUCAAUAUAAUUAAUUUCUUGCUUUUUACUGAAUGACUUUAUGAUGUGUGACAAUGUAUUUGCUUUCUGUCAUUUCUGUAAGUGCUCAAAUAAUAAAGUUGUGAGGGAAAAAAAUC